AAAACAUUAAACAGCGUUUGACAUUUCUUUGAGCAGCGACAGUGACUGCAUUUCAUUAGAUUUUUUAAAAAUUGUCGUUCUCUUGCACGAUUUAUUCAAUAAUUUUUAAGACUUUCACAGUAUAUGUAUAAAUAAUCUAGUUCCUGAGACUCAGCAGUUACUACAAUUCCCUUCAAGAGAAGGGUCUUGAUCCAGGAAAUGGGGCAUCGGCUGAUGACACGACGGGACGAGAAAUGGAGUCGCAUUUGCAAAGCAUAUUUUAAAUAAUACAAAUGUGCAGUUUUGGAAAAAUGGGAAUCGGCAGCCGCGAGUCAGUUACGGGCGUGUUCCUCUUGCUGGCAGCGUGUGCGUGUGCGGCGAAUCGGCUCCGGAGCUACGAUAUCUCGUUACAGACUGGAGAUGACACCCAGGCCAAGACGGCUUGGGAAGGUGUUGGCAGCAACGCUGGCGAUGAGCAGUCUCAGGCAAAGGACCGAAGUCUGACCUCCGUCCAGCGUACGGUGCUCGGUCAGGCGGUCGGUCCGAUCGGCCGGCUGAACGCCACGGAGUUCGCCGGAAAUGACACGCGUCACGACGCUUCCGCCGCUGUUACCAAAGCAACGACGCUGGCUCCAGCUCCCACCCCAAAGCCCAUCCUGCCGGUGCACACGGGGGUGAAAGCGCAGGAGGAGGAGCAGUCCAGCGGGAUGACUAUAUUCUUCAGCCUUCUCGUCAUUGGUAUUUGCAUCAUAUUGGUGCACCUGCUAAUUAAGUUCAAGUUGCAUUUCCUGCCGGAGAGUGUUGCAGUGGUCUCACUGGGCAUUCUCAUGGGGGGCAUCAUCAAGAUCAUAGAGUUCCAGGAGCUUGCCAACUGGAAGGAAGAGGAAAUGUUUCGUCCCAACAUGUUUUUUCUCCUCCUGCUGCCGCCCAUAAUCUUUGAGUCAGGGUACUCUUUACAUAAGGGAAACUUUUUCCAGAACAUUGGUUCCAUCACCUUGUUUGCCGUGAUUGGAACAGCCAUCUCAGCCUUCAUAGUGGGAGGAGGCAUCUACUUUCUGGGCCAGGCAGAUGUCAUUUACAAGAUGACAAUGACUGACAGCUUUGCCUUUGGUUCCCUCAUCUCGGCCGUGGAUCCCGUAGCCACCAUCGCCAUCUUCAACGCCCUCAACGUCGACCCCGUGCUCAACAUGCUGGUGUUCGGGGAGAGCAUCCUGAACGACGCCGUCUCCAUCGUGCUCACCAACACCGCAGAGGGAUUCGCUCAAUCCGAGAAUUCCACGGUGACCGGCUGGGAGACCUUCCUGCAGGCCCUCGGGUACUUCCUGAAGAUGUUCUUUGGCUCUGCCGCCUUGGGCACGCUCACAGGCCUCAUCUCUGCCAUCAGCCUCAAACACUUUGACCUGAGGAAGACGCCCUCGCUGGAGUUCGGGAUGAUGAUCAUCUUCGCCUACCUCCCGUACGGCCUGGCAGAGGGCAUCAAACUCUCCGGUAUCAUGGCGAUACUGUUCUCAGGGAUCGUGAUGUCACACUACACUCACCACAACCUGUCCCCGGUCACCCAGGUCCUGAUGCAGCAGACCUUGCGCACCGUGGCCUUCAUGUGUGAAACCUGCGUCUUCGCCUUCCUGGGACUGUCAAUUUUCAGCUUCCCCCACAAAUUCGAACUGUCCUUCGUCAUCUGGUGCAUCGUCCUGGUGCUCCUGGGCCGGGCCGUGAACAUAUUCCCUCUCUCGUUCCUGCUCAACUUCUUCCGCGACCACAAGAUCACGCCUAAAAUGAUGUUCAUCAUGUGGUUUAGUGGUCUCCGGGGUGCCAUCCCCUAUGCUCUGAGCCUCCACCUGGGCCUGGAGCCCAUCGAGAAGCGUCAGCUGAUUGGCACCACGACCAUCGUCAUCGUGCUAUUCACCAUCCUGCUGCUGGGGGGCAGCACCAUGCCACUCAUCCGCCUCAUGGACAUCGAGGAGAGCCAAUCUCGCCGCAAGAGCAAGAAGGACGUGAAUCUCAGCAAGACGGAGAAGAUGGGUCACGCCAUUGAGUCGGAGCACCUCUCCGAGCUGACCGAGGAAGAGUACGAGGCUCACAUCUAUCAACGGCAAGACCUGAAGGGCUUCAUGUGGCUCGACGCUAAAUACCUCAACCCUUUUUUCACCAGACGUCUUACCCAGGAGGACCUGCUUCACGGCCGCAUCCAGAUGAAGACGCUGACCAAUAAAUGGUACGCGGAGGUGCGACAGGGUCCGUCAGGCUCGGAGGACGAGGAUGAUGAAGCUGAGCUGCUGUGAGAAGGGGGUCCUGGGAGCCCGUGACCCCCAUCUGCCCACGGACUUCUAGUGAAAUGCUCCAGUGAAACUCAACAGCGCGACGUUCCGUAGGAAUUCAGCAUUGGAACACUCCAAUGGAAUUCAACAAUGGAAUUCAGUAGUGGAACGUUCCAAUGAAACUCAGUAAUGGAACGCUGCGGUGAUUGCAGAGAUGGAAAGUUACCUUGUCAUUACACGGCAUACUAUCUUAUCGGCUUAACACUGGAAUUUUCUGAAGAGGGAAUGUUGUAUAAAAUGAAGGGAACAUUUUCGAACAGGAAACCUUUCCUGAAAAGCAAUAUCUAAGCACUUUGUGUUAUAUAUUUUUUUCUAUGUAUUUUGUUUGACUGAAGAUUAACUGAAGCCGUCACCAUCAUAAAUGGUGCCAAUGAAUGUUCGUGUGAUGGCCAUCAAAUCAUAUAAAACAUAUAUUUAUUUUGUAUUUAUUGUUGGGGUCGGGGAGAGAUUUUUAUAGUGGUGUCCAUUCACAAGCUGUUUGAAAGCAGUAAGAUGAAUGAGUGGAAAUCAAUCCAGUGGCUGGUUUGUUGGGAAACCAAUAUUAAUGUACUAGAUUUUUCUUACACCGAUUAUGAAUUAAAUGGAAACAUUUCAUGCAACGAGA